UACAAGCAUUAGUUACACAAAUCUCUCUUAUACAAGGUUCUCCUCUGUUUAAAUGUGCUCUUUGGUCUUCUCUUACGGGUAGGAGGUGAUUGACUGAUUGUGUUGUGAUUUUCACCUUCAUGUGCAUCCUAUGACUUGUAUUAGAGAGAUUUGUCCAAGUGAUGCUUGUAGCAGUUAAUUAAGUUACACAAAAAAGCAGUUAAUUCCAUCUGAUAUAUAUCCGGGUGACAAAUAAAAAUAAAGAAGUUUUAAAUGUUCAAAAAUUUUCAAAAUAUCACAAAUCUAAUCUAAAGUUAAAGCUAACAUUUCCUAAUCAAUCCAUUAUUAUUACUUCCACAAAGUUAAAGGCAAGUUCUAGCCUAGAAAAAUAAUCAGUAUACGAUUGUCUAUUGUAAUACAUAUUUGACGCCGAAAAUUAAUCAGUAUACGAUUGAAUCUUUGUUAAGAACCAAAAAAAAAAAAAACAUUAUACACUUGAAAUAGUUCCUAUCAUCAUCACCAACAAAAAAAAAAAUAAAAAAAAAAACAUUUUACGCAAACGAGCACCAAUUACGUGUUGUGUUGUGUACCAGCAAAAUAUAUAGCAGAAAAUAAAAUAAAAAGACAUCAAACAAAAUUCCGACAAAAAUAAAAGCAAGCGAAAAAAUGAAAGAAACACAAAAAAAAAAAAUAAGCAAACCAAAACAGUAAGGAAAAUAUUUUUUUUUAAACAAGGAAGAAGAAAUAGAAGACUCUUGAGCAGAUUAUUCCAUUUCCCUAAGGCGAUUUUGGUGUGGACUCGUCUCCCUCACAGUCGCUCCUAGUCAAACGCUUCUUCUCGGAUCGGCGACCUCUAGAGAUUUCUUCAGCCGUCUCUUCUCUGUUUUGCUACUUAGAGGUGUCUUCUCUUACUCCUUCUUGUAUUCUGGGAUAACUUUGUUUCUUCUUAGAUUUGGGAUUUCUUAGAAUUUAGCUUUAUACUUCUGUUCUGAGAGAGAUCGAUGAAUCAAUGAAAUUGUUUAGUGUGAAUAGCGUAUGUGUAGCAAUUUCUUAGAAUGGCGAAUCGUUUGUUUUGUUUCUUCGUUUCCAUCUCCCUACGAAAAGAGAAGAAGACGUGUGUGGUUUUCUACUAGACGAAUUUGAUUGUAACAUUUGAUUUUUUUUUUUUUGUUUCUGUUUCUCUAAUCCCUAUCGUUAGUUAGAUGAAUUUAUUGAUUUCGGGGACCAUUUGCUUUCAUUGAAAGCCCUUAGCUGAAGGGGACCUUGAUUGGGAUUGAAACCUAACUUUGAUGUCACAUUUGAUUAGUCCAGUCAUUAUUGCUGCAGAUAGAUCCCCUCGUGGUUGAUCUUGGUGCCGUUUUCUUUGACAUUGUUGUGUAAAUUUGAUAAACCCCUAAGCUAAGCUUGUAGCCCUUUUGUGUUUGAUGAAAUUAGUUAGGAAGCUUCUGAAAAGUACAAAGGAGGAAUUGGGGGUGGAAAAGUUUUCAAUUAAGAUGGCUAUAGGAUGCCGUUUACAUCGUGUUUCUUGGCAAGUUGCUCAUAUUCUGGGCCCAGUUGAAUUAAAUGCCACUUUGGUUUUUGUGUGAUGGAGAGUAGAAGAGGGAGCUAAGAAAAGUAAUACCCUUUCUUGUCCCCUUUUUGCUGGUCUUGGUGAAAUAUAGAAAGCUUUUCUCUUGCUGAGUUCCAAAAUAGUAAGUUAAAAAAAUAAAUUCUGAUGAGCUGUGUGUGGUUCUUGAUACUCACAAGGUUUUUCUGCUUUCUUUUGGUAUUGAUAGUUGUAGGGCGUCGUCUCUAAGGUCUAUGAAACCUAUCUCCAUCUUCAAUGGACUGCAACAUGAGAUCUCCUUUGCCAUGGGACUGGGAGAAUUUGAUCAUGUCCAAUCCGUCAAAGACUGAAAGUGAUAGAAAGCAGCUAUCUACCGAGUGGGAGACUGAGAAAGGUGAAGGCAUUGAAUCUAUAGUUCCUUAUUUCUCGAGCUUUGAGAAAGUCUGUAGUGGCUCUGCCACCAGUUUCUGGCAGACUGAUGUAUCCAAAAGCUCACAGUCGACUUCUAUCAACUCAUCAUCCCCGGAAGUCAAAGUAUGCAAGGCUGCAUCAGAAAGUUCCCCUGGAGUUUCUUGCAGCAACAUAGAUUUUGUCCAAGUGAAGGCAUCCACAGCUCCCGAGGUAUCUGCUGCCUCUGCUGAAUCAGAUCUUUGUUUAGAACUAGGGAAGCGGACAUACUCUGAAGAACUUUGGGGUAGAAAGAAUAAUGACAUUUCAGCUGUUUCUAUGAAGUUGCUGACUCCAUCUGUUGUUGCUCGAAAGAAAUCUAAGCCGUGUGGUCAGAGCAUUCAAAUCUCACGUUGCCAAAUUGAUGGCUGUGAACUUGAUCUCUCUUCUGCCAAGGAUUAUCAUCGCAAGCAUAGAGUCUGCGAAAAGCAUUCAAAGUCUCCAAAAGUUACUGUGAGUGGCCUGGAACGUCGAUUCUGCCAACAAUGUAGCAGGUUCCAUGCGGUCUCUGAAUUUGAUGAGAAGAAACGAAGCUGCCGCAAACGUCUUUCUCAUCAUAAUGCGAGACGUCGCAAGCCACAAGGAGUAUUUCCAUUGAAUCCAGAGAGGAUGUACGAUCGAAGACAGACAAAUAUGGCGUGGAAUGGGUUGUCCCUUAACUCGAGAUCUGAAGAAAAGUAUGCAUGGGGUACCACUUAUGAUACAAAGCCUGCACAGACGGAAAGCGGCUUUACUCUGAGCUUCCAGAGAGGUAAUGGCUCUGAGGAGCAGUUGUUUGCGAGUAGCAGCCACUCUUUCUCUGCGCAUCAAACCUCAGGCGGGUUCUCAGCAGGGAAGUCCAAGUUUCAACUUCAUGGCGAAGGUGUGGGAGAAUGCUCAGGAGUCCUCCAUGAAUCUCAAGAUUUCCACCGUGCUCUCUCUCUUCUGUCAACUUCUUCUGAUUCACAUGCGCAGCCAGUUUCUCUACUCUUUUCAUAUGAUGGUGUACCAAAAUAGAUGAGUAAGUAGUGUCAUUUGUAAAACCGGCUAGCUUCGGUGUUAGUGGAUAGUGGAUACUAAUCCAAUUUAUCAAAAACAGCUUCCUCCUGGCUCCAUUUGUAUGCCAACUUUAUCUUUAUCCUUGUUUCCUUACUAGUAGUAACCAAGUCAUUGUCAACAAAAAACACGAAACAUUGAAUAUAUAUAAUAAUAUGAAUACCUCUGAUA